AACAUGAUCCAUAAACUGCAUCCAUAUCUGACUGGGAACUUCGCGCCUAUUGAUCGGACUCGAAGACUUACACGAUGUACUUAUACCGGCGAUCUUCCGGGGGUGCUUGCGGGAGGCCAGUAUGUUCGCAACGGUGCGAAUCCGAUAACCAACAAUAAUUUAGGGAGAGUUUCGCAUUGGUUCGAUGGGGAUGGAAUGCUCACUGGCGUCCUCUUCCGGCGAGGGGAGAAGGGCAACAUUAACCCGGAAUUUGUGAACCAGUUUGUUCUCACUGAUGUGUUCUUGAACGCAGAUGACAAUUGUAAUUUAAGGCGCCCAUUGUUGCCCAGCAUCGCGACUUUGAUCGGUACCUCAAAAAUAGCCAUCAUUAUAGCGGUCUUGAGAACGAUAAUUCUUGUGGUCUUGUCGAAAUUUCCGGGGUCUAAAGCAUCAAUCAAGAAGAUCAGUGUUGCUAAUACUAGUGUGAUAUAUCAUGAUGGCAGAGCUUUGGCGACCUGCGAGAGUGGUCCACCGAUUCGAUUUCAACUCCCUAAUCUGGAGACUAUUGGAUGGUAUAACGGACGCCGGGCGGAGAAUGAACAGAGCCUCGACAAUAGAACAGGCUUCGGGGGAGAUGGUCCGAUGGCGUUCAUGAAAGAAUGGACAACUGGCCACCCACAUGUCGAUCCUGUGACGAAAGAGCUGAUUGCAUUCCACGCCGUCUUCUUCAAGCCAUUCGUCUACUAUUCGAUUGUACCAAUAUCACCGACAAAAGAGGGUGGCUUUGACUCUGUGUUUAAUAUGCCAGUUUUAGGCGUGAGGUCGCCCAAGAUGAUGCAUGAUUUUGGUGUAUCAGCACGCUAUACAGUGAUCAUGGACCUUCCGUUAUCCCUAAAUCCGAUGAACAGCAUUGGAGGGCAGCCUGUUGUUUCAUAUGAUGCAUCUGGACGAUCACGUUAUGGGGUGUUUCCCCGAUACGAACCGGAAAAGGUUCAAUGGUUCGAGACCAAUCCAUGUGUCAUCUUCCAUACGGCCAACUGCUGGGAAACGCAUGGGAUGGUGCCGCAACCCGAGACAUGCGUCCACCUUCUCGUAUGCCGUCUUACAUCGGCAUCGCUAUUGUAUAGCGCAGGGGCUCUGGAAACACCUAUACUUAAAGCGGUGCCUUUGGAAUAUGUCGAGGAGGAACAAUGUCGACUCUACUACUACAGUUUCCCGGUAUUUAGCGGAGCGCUGGAGGAGACGCCGACAAUUCGGCACCAGUGGGCGUUAUCGGCGAUUCCAUUCGAGUUUCCAAGCUUAUCAGCAUCAUAUGCCAUGAGGGAAGCCCGUUACAUCUAUGGUUGCAGCACAAGAGUAUCAUCGUACUCGCCUGCACUUGGAAGAGCAACCAAGAUCGAUUGUCUAGUUAAAAUUGAGGCGACGAAGCUGAUUGCCCGAGGCAUUGCUCACCCACCACAACAGAUUAAAGGUUGCGUUGACAACAGAAGCAUCAGCGAGGUGAUGCAGAGUACGGAUGAAAGUGAUCCAAUAAAGGUAUUCCCGAUGCCCGAGGGUUGGUUUGCGCAAGAACCGCGUUUCGUGCGACGUGCAAAAGCAGAGGAAGAAGAUGAUGGAUGGCUACUUACGUACGUAUUUGACGAGUAUCAGCUAAACGAUAAAGGCGAGUGUAAUGAUGAGUCCGUUAGUGAGCUUUGGGUUAUCAAUGCUAGAAACAUGCGAGAUGUGGUGGCUAAAGUCAAGCUACCACAACGUGUACCUUAUGGUCUACAUGGUGCUUGGUUUUCGGAAGAUGACAUUGCCAAGCAAAGGUCCUUCACAGGGACCAGGACGAGGACCAGAUUUGAAAGAUCUAAAACGGAGGGGUUUGAUGCAUCGAGCACUUUGUCACAUAUCCGAGAUGUUGUUGAGAAAUGGAUGGGAUGAAUUGAGUUUUGAUAUUUC